AUGUCAGUAACGCUCCACACGACUCUUGGGGACCUCAAAAUUGAGGUGUUUUGCGAGGCCGUCCCCAAGACUGCAGAGAACUUCCUCGCCCUCUGCGCCUCGAACUAUUACAGCAACUCUCCCCUCCACCGAAUAAUUCCGUCCUUCAUGUUCCAGACCGGCGCGCCCGCUGUUCCAUCACCUCCAGAUAACCCGAAGGGCGGCCGAUCGAUAUACGGGAUAACCUUCGAAGACGAGAUCCGACCAACACUUAAACACCACGAAAGAGGAGUCGUGAGUAUGGCGAAUAAAGGGCCUAACACCAACGGCAGUCAAUUCUUCAUAUGUUUCGCCCCCGCGCCACAUUUGGACGGGUUGAACACGGUGUUUGGGAAGCUGAUUGGAGACGAGAGUCUGGCUACCUUGGCCAAGAUUGAACAGCUGGAGGUGGACAAGAAGGGCAGACCGGUCAAGAAGGACGGAGAAGAGACACCGAGGAUUGAGAGAGUAACGUUACAUGCGAAUCCACUGGCCAAGUGA